UCGAUCUCAGCUGACCGGACGAGCCAGUUCAGUUUGUGUGCUGCUCCUGUUGUUGUCUUUUGGCUCAGUCGGUGAUGCAGUAGACUCACUUUUUAAUAUCUCUCACUGAAAAUGGUGGAGUACGUGUCUGACACGGAUGGGGACGAGCAGGAGACACCUCUUCUUCACAGAAGACAGGAAGACAGAGUGCAGAGAGCGCCAGCAUGCUGUUCUUCACGCUACAGCCUGGCACUGCUCUCCUGCUUUGGCUUCUUUGUGGUCUACUCCCUGCGGGUGAACCUCAGUGUGGCCAUGGUGGACAUGCUUAACACCACCCACCAAUCUGGCACCAACCACAGCAUGUCAGUUUGUCCUGCCCACGCCAGCCCGGUUCGACCCAAACACAACCACACGGCCAGACUGUAUGACUGGGACUCUCAGACACAGGGCUGGAUCCUGGGCUCUUUCUUCUAUGGCUAUAUCCUGACACAAAUACCUGGGGGCUACCUGGCCAGUCGCUAUGGUCCCAAGUGGCUGAUGGGUUUUGGAAUCCUGGGAACAGCAGUUUUUACACUGGUCACGCCUGUGGCUGCUGACUUAGGAGCAGGCUACCUCAUCGCUGUCCGGGUGCUGGAAGGGAUAGGAGAGGGAGUCACUUUCCCUGCAAUGUAUACUAUGUGGGCAGCAUGGGCUCCGCCGCUGGAGAGGAGCCGACUGCUCACAAUCUCAUACAUUGGGGCUCAGCUGGGGACGGUCAUUUCUCUCCCUCUGUCGGGUGAAAUCUGCUUCUACCUGGACUGGACUUACGUCUUCUACUUUUUUGGUGCCAUCGGCCUGGUGUGGUUUGUCUUGUGGGCCUUUCUUGUCUUUGACAGUCCGAACACUCACCCACGAAUAUCAGAGCGAGAGAAAAACUACAUCACCGCCUCACUCAAGAAUGAGCUGUCCACCUCAAAAGGCGUCAUCCCCUGGGGAGCCAUAGCGACGUCCAGACCUCUGUGGGCCAUCGUUGUAGCUCACUUCUCCUAUAACUGGACCUUCUACACCCUCCUCACCCUGCUACCAACCUACAUGAACGACAUUCUGGGCUUCAGCAUACAACAGAAUGGCAUGCUGUCAGCUCUUCCAUACCUGGGCUGUGCUGUGUGUGCCGUAGUGAGCGGUCAGCUUGCAGAUUACCUGCGGGAGAGCCUCCUCUAUCCCACCGUCAUUGUCCGAAAGGCUUUCUCACUUGUUGGUAUGAUCGGGCCGGCUGUGUUUCUGGUGGCAGCCGGGUACACAGGCUGUAACUACACCUUGGCUUUGACCUUCCUCACUAUCUCCUCCUCUCUGGGCGGAGUCUCUGCCUCUGGUUUCAACAUCAACCAUCUUGACAUUGCGCCAUCGUAUGCUGGUAUUCUCCUGGGAAUCACUAACACCUUUGCCACCAUUCCUGGCAUGGUGGGACCGGUCAUAGCAAGAGCACUCACCAAACAUAACACCAUAGAGGAAUGGCAGGUUGUCUUCUACAUCGCUGCUGCCAUCAACCUGUUUGGAGCAUCAGUCUACACUGUGUUUGGCAGAGGAACAGUUCAGCCCUGGGCCAUCCAAGCAUCUUACUCUCAUGGAGACUGAGGCAGAUGGAUGAGAACCAGACUUGUCCAUUUAAUGAUUCAAGUUGGUCAGGUGGAUAAGUCUCAAUCAAAGACUUAUCAACAGGUAUUUUUUAUCAAGGGACGUUCCAGCUGUGCUGGUUAUUUUAAAGCACGGUUAACUAGCAGUGAGUAACAGCCAUAUUACACUCUAAAUGUUCCUUACUGUGACUGUGGGUUACAAGAGAGCAAUGAACGAUGAAGAUUGCAGUUUAAGGUAUAUGGAUAUUUAUCAGAGACAAAAUAAUGAUUGAGCACAACAACCGACCCCAGCUUGCAUUUCCAAAGACGUGCAUAUCAGAAAGAUGUUUUUCUCAUCUGUAGAUGAGGAAACAACUGAGUAAACAGUAAGCUGAGAUAGCUAAAGGCUGUCUAGUUGUUAGGCAUUAUAAAUACUAUGGUAUAUAAGCUGUGAAGGAAAAACUAUCCCUGUGUGGUUUAUUUCUAGUAAUCAAGUUUACCAGUUAAUCAACUUACUGGACUCGGUUGUUAAUUUUGUCUCCAAAGCACUUUCUUCAGAUUUUUCUUACCCUUUAACUCCACAGUAAAAUCCUUUUUGAGUUUUAUUGCCAAAAGAAGAGUUAUUUUACUGUGUUUGUAAAAUUUGGUACAACACAAAAUAUGCUACUUUGCAACCUAACAGUGCCACUGAGUGUAGCUUUUUUAAUUUUUCAAUCGUUAGACCUAAUAAUGACAAAUAUGACAUCUCAAAGAAGACACACAUUUGAUAGCUUUUUUAAAGACAGAAUUGUGUGAACACUGCACGCACAAACACUUGCCUUACAGUGAAGCCUCCUUAGAGUAGUUCUAAAGCUCUUUGUCUUUACGUGAUUAAAAAUGGACCAUUUCUCAUAUUGUGCACUUUAACGAUUUUAUGUGUGCUACAAUAUGUAUUCAAUUCCAGAGUAAUGUCCACCAGGUACCUCUUUUAUUUCAGGUAGCAGCCCUUAACUUGUGCAUAGUGAAAGCAUGGGUUAAGAUAUUUUUAUUUAUGACACUAAAAAGAUUCAAAAGUGUUAACACCAAUCUACCGUAGGGAAACUAAAAAAUGCUUGAGAGAUGUUCCUGGUGGAGUUACUCAACUGAAGGAAUUUGCACUUUGUGUUGAUUCUCAGGUAUCUUCUGUCUUAAAAUGAUUGAUAAGGAUGUUUGUUGACUUUAACAUGUGAAGUGAUCUGCUUCAUAGUCAAGUAUGUGCUCUCAACGAUUUGGUGUCAGUUGCAUCAGAUCCCAGUUUGAAAUGAAUGCAAGUAGCAUGGUUAGAAAAUUCAACAUGUGUUUCUUAUUCUAAACUUUUCAUCUACAGACACCUGUAGAUAAAUUUCCUUUCCAUACAGAUUGCACUCUUUCGGGCCAAAUGAUGAGUUUCUCAUACUGUACAUGUACUUUAUCUUUGCCAUCUUAAAAGGUAAAUCCAGAGGGGUUAAUCAAAACCAGUCCUCAGAGAAUGUUUUUUUUGUUGUAGUUUCUGUCAACAAGACACUUCAUCUUCAUAAUCCUUAUCCUAGUUUUAAAUGUCAUGCACUUGUGCCUUAAAACAUUAGCAUAAUGGCGUCAGACAAUUAAGGCCUGAUGAUUCCUCCUGUUGAUAAAGGGUUGCUUUAGUUACUGAUUUUUAUUAUUUCAUGUUUACAUUAGUGUCUGUAUACAUAGGAUAAAGGGACUUUUAUGUGAUAUGUAUAUACACACUGUACUAUGAGGGUAACCAUUGUAAACCUUCAACCUGGAAAUAUUGCAGAAAUGUGUCUUAUAUCUCUGUCCUUUAUUGUAAAUACAUCAUUACAUACAGCUAUGUUCCCUUGUGAUAUUGUACUGUUUUUUUGUUUAUU